CCUGACAGUCUUACCCUAACAAUAACCAAUCCCACUCCUCUUGCCUAAACCUAACCAACCCAACCAGAGCAAGUAACGAGUACUAGCCAAUCAGAGGGAGCGUAAGGCGGGUCAUGCCUUUCUUCCUUCCUAAAACAACUGUUUUGCUUCCCAUAGCGCUAUCGUUAGCUUGAUGCUAGGUUAGUAUUAACACUGUAUUUACAAGUGCAGCCUGUUUUCUAAACGUUGCUAUGAAUUAACACCGAACCCUGUUCCGUUUAACGUCUCGUGGCUGGUUGGAAAGAGGUGGCGGCCAUGUAUGCCUCUGGGAAAUACAGUUCGCGCGGCCCUGCUCUCAUCCCGCGGAUGAAAACCAAGCACCGCAUAUACUACAUAACCCUCUUUUCUGUGGUGCUCCUUGGACUCAUCGCCACCGGGAUGUUUCAGUUCUGGCCCCACUCCAUUGAGUCCGCAGCUGACUGGACCCUUGAUAAACGCAGUGUUCAUGACGCACCUCUGGUCCGCCUGCCUGUCUCCAGUCCCAUUCCUGAGAGGGGGGACCUCAGCUGUCGCAUGCACACCUGUUUUGACGUGUACAGAUGCGGCUACAAUCCUAAAAACAGAAUCAAGGUGUACAUCUACCCUCUGCAGAAGUUUGUGGAUGAAUUGGGGGUUCCUAUCAGCAGCACUGGACUGUCCCGAGAAUACAAUGACCUGCUCAGUGCCAUAUCUGACAGUGACUUUUACACUGACGAUGUCACCAGGGCUUGUCUUUUUAUCCCAUCUAUCGAUGUGCUGAACCAGAACUCCCUGCGGAUCAGAGAGACUGCCCAGGCUCUGACAAUGCUACCCAGAUGGGACAAAGGGAUGAAUCACCUACUUUUCAACAUGUUACCUGGAGGUCCUCCAGACUACAAUACUGCCUUGGAUGUGCCCAGAGACAGAGCGCUGCUGGCUGGAGGUGGUUUCUCCACAUGGACCUACAGACAAGGUUAUGAUGUCAGCAUCCCAGUUUACAGCCCCCUCUCUGCAGAUGUUGAGCUGCCUGAGAGACAGCCAGGGCCACGACGCUACUUUAUUCUGUCCUCUCAAACUGCUAUCCACCGGGAGUACCGUGCUGAACUGGAGCGCCUGAAGGAAGAAAAUGGAGAAGCUCUGCUCCUCCUGGACAAGUGUAGCAACCUCUCUCAGGGUGUUGCCUCUGCACGUAAACGCUGCUACAAGGGGCAAGUGUAUGAUUACCCACAGAUCCUGCAGGAGUCUUCAUUCUGUGUGGUUUUGCGAGGGGCCCGUUUGGGUCAGGCUGCCCUCAGUGAUGUGCUGCAGGCUGGCUGUGUUCCCGUUAUCCUCGCUGACUCCUACAUACUGCCAUUCUCUGAAGUACUUGAUUGGAAAAGAGCAUCAGUGGUUAUUCCUGAGGAGAAGCUAUCAGAGAUGUAUACCAUCCUAAAGAGUAUUCCUCACAGACAAGUUGAAGAGAUGCAAAGACAGGCACGCUGGUUCUGGGAGGCCUACUUCAGCUCCAUGAAGGCUAUUGGCUUGACAACGCUCCAGAUCAUCAAUGACCGCAUCUACCCAUAUGCUGCACGAACUUACGAGCAGUGGAACAAUCCACCUGUGGUGAAGUGGUCCAGUGUGAACAGCCCUCUGUUCUUGCCACUAAUCCCGCCAAGGGCACCUGGUUUCACAGCAGUGGUACUGACCUACGAUCGUGUUGAGAGUCUUUUCCGCGUCAUCACAGAAAUCUCCAAGGUGCCUAGCUUGGCUAAGCUGCUGGUUGUGUGGAAUAACCAGAACAAGAGUCCUCCUGAGGAGUCUCUAUGGCCCAAGAUCGGUGUUCCUCUCAAAGUCGUGCGAACCAAAGAGAACAAGCUGAGUAACCGCUUCUUCCCCUACGACGAGAUUGAGACUGAAGCUGUGCUAGCAAUCGAUGAUGACAUCAUCAUGCUGACAUCUGAUGAACUGCAGUUUGGUUACGAGGUAUGGAGGGAGUUCCCAGACAGGCUGGUGGGCUACCCAGGCCGGCUGCACCUCUGGGACCAUGAAAUGGGGAAGUGGAAGUAUGAGUCGGAGUGGACCAACGAGGUCUCCAUGGUCCUAACUGGAGCCGCCUUCUACCACAAGUACUUCAACUAUUUGUACACAUACAAGAUGCCAGGAGAUAUCAAGAACUGGGUGGAUGCUCACAUGAACUGUGAAGAUAUUGCCAUGAACUUCCUGGUGGCUAACAUCACGGGCAAAGCCCCCAUAAAGGUGACCCCUAGGAAGAAGUUCAAGUGCCCUGAGUGUACUGCCAUUGAUGGACUUUCCCUGGAUCAGACACACAUGGUGGAAAGAUCUGAGUGCAUCAACAAGUUUGCAUCGGUUUUUGGUACCAUGCCUCUGAAGGUGGUGGAACACCGUGCAGACCCGGUGCUUUAUAAAGACGACUUUCCAGAGAAGCUCAAGAGCUUCCCCAACAUCGGCAGCCUCUGACCAGCCUGUAACAGAUGUUUGGAUCCCGGUACAGCCUCAACACUUUAAACAUAAAAAAAGACAUCAAUAUUCAGACUAAAUUAGCACAUUCUUCUGUCACGGCUCAGUUCAAGUGACUUUUGCUUUGAUUUUUAGAUGAAAUUUAAAAGGCAGAAUUGUACAAGACAUUCUGUUAAUAUCUUGAGGAUCCUGGAAUGUGGGGAUGGUGAUGAGUCUGUUUUAGAAUGAUAUGUUUAUUUGGCUUAAAGUGAAAUACAUUGUCAAACAUUUACCAAUAUGACCGAUAACACUAAUGUUACAUUAACUGCUUUUGGAGGGUCACGCUGAGUCUCUUGUGUUUGAUGGACUGAUUGGAGGCUUGUGGUACCUCACUUUUACUGUUUUGGAGCUGGAAAGUUUGAGCUCCAGCUGCUCUGGAAUCAGCGUAUACAGUGUACAUAUUUGUAUUUUGCAGCAGUGCUGUAUAAUAGUCAUAAUUUAUGCUGUUCCAACUAGGAUUUUUUUUUUCUUUAUCUCAAAUAACGACAUUGACCUGAUUCUUUUAGCUAUACUGUAUUAAAGUAAUGUUUAAUUUACAUUAUAUUACUGUAUUAAACAAUUCAAUGACAUAUUUUUGUAGGCUUUAUCUAAUGGUAAAUGGUAUGAAUGGUAAACAUACAGCAGCAGAUGAUGUACAGUAGAGGUUUUACAUCUGUUCUGUUUUUAAUCAGAUUAGACAAAACUGGUACCAUGAAUAUAAUAUUUAGAGCGAGUAACUGCUGAUUUUCAAAAAGAUUGAUACUCAACUGAGUUGAUUUUUUUUACUGCUUGUGCAAGCCUUUCAUGACACUAUUGCCUGAGCUGAGUUAUGUGUAUGAGCACUGCAUAUGCAUAGGAGUAAUUUUAGUUGGUCAUGGAUUUGGGUAGUGAAUCUCCAAAUCCACACUUUUCAAAACCAAAUGUAUAAACUGUUAAUGCAAUGCUUUGUUUUUUAUUUUUCCGAAUACCUGUUGCGUGUGUGUUUACUUUUUAGUCCUUUUCAUCACUCGUUGUCCCAGCUCCAGUAUUUAGGCU